GAGAGCAUGGCCGCAGGAGCCACAGCGCUGCUGACUUGGUUUGGUUCCUCCACAUCGAUAAGAGCGCUUCUCGUGCCGCUCGUCAGGGGACAUUUAACCCGGAGAUUGUGUGCGUUUACGCGCGGCGGAGAGGUUAGAUUUACUGCGUGUGCUGUUGUUGUUUCUGCGCAGGGCAGCUGCGGGGAUCAGCCGGAGCUGAAGCUGCUGGUUUGAGUCUCUCUCUCUUUUUUUUUUUCUUUAUGCGAUCCCGAGGAGAGACCCCUGAGCUGGAGAGCACUGACGGCACGGGGACUGUGUUCCUGCCCUUUAUAUCUUCGCAUCUUGGAACAUCAACUCUCUGUUGUUUUUCGGUCUUUAUUCCACUGCGCACGCAGCAGCGUUGUUGGCUCCUCUCUGGGAAAUUCAACGCGAGUUGGGGAAACUGUUCGCGGAGUUGAGCCGGAGGAAGACUGCUCGUGUCUCCAGCAGAUAUUCAGUGGAUUUUCAUCUACUUUGAACAGAACCGUCUCUAAGUCAAGCGGGUGACGAGUGAGCGUUUGGUGCAAAGUCAUUGAUCUGACUGUCAACUCGCGGACCGAACAAGACAAGAGGAGACGGACAUUUGCGCUUUGAUUGUAUCGGAGACACAGAGGAGCGAGCGACAUCUGUGCGGGAAUUAAAAAAAAAAAAAAGCCCAAAGUGGGCUCUCAUCCCGUCUCCUUCAACUGCAGCCACAUCCACCAGAACCUCUGAACCUGAGCCGGAGGGAGGACUGUAAUCAGUUUGGCUUCAUCGGAGUUCCAGAGCAAACAGCAUGCCGCAGGUGGAAAUGAUCCUCUUCCUCAUCCUCAUCAUUGGGAUGUGUGUGUACGGCCAGGACCCGGCGUCCAAGGUGGUGUCCGACCGCUAUGCAGUCUACUGGAACCGGACCAACCCGAGGUUUUACCGGGGCGACUACCACAUCGACGUGUGCAUCAACGACUACCUUGACGUCUACUGCCCGCACUACGUCGGCCCGGUGUCCGACGAGCGGGCCGAGCGCUACAUCCUGUACAUGGUGAACUACGACGGCUACAGCUCCUGCGACCACACAGCCAAGGGCUUCAAGCGCUGGGAGUGCAACAGGCCCCUGUCGCCGAACGGACCGCUGAAGUUCUCGGAGAAGUUCCAGCUCUUCACUCCCUUCUCCUUGGGCUUCGAGUUUCGCCCUGGCAGAGAGUAUUAUUACAUCUCCACCAUCACCGACGACAAGGGAAGAAGAAGCUGCCUUCGACUCAAAGUCUUCGUCAGGCCUCAGAACAAUUGUGUGAAAAACCCUGGGACCGCGCAGGAAGGGGUCGACUUUGACGACAACAGUCACAACUCAAUAGAGCCCAGAGACGGCGUCGGCCACGAGUCACCAGAGCCAGCUCGGAGGGACGUGAACUCCGUCAGCCGGUGCCAGACUUCAGUCGUCCUGCUCAGCUCCGCCCUCAUCCUCCUGGCCGCCAUCUUGUCUUUAUAGCGCCCGGAGUGAGGAAUCCCACGGGAAUGGACUGUCCUGAUUGGACCACAGGCCGCCCUACCCUGCAACCCCUCCCCUCAAGGAGCACUUUUUAAAAAAAAGGAAAAAACAAAAAAAAAAAAGAGAAAACACUGACAAUCUCUCCGUACGAAAAGAGAGAGGACGGGACUUCAACACUGAAGCCUUCAUUGUUUUUUUUUUGACUUGCCAACUAGUGUGAUUCUUGACUCUCUGUGGGUGCUGGUGGUGGAGGCGCCCUGAGGUGACAGACCUGUUCGACUCUCUGCCGUCCACAGUAUGCAGAUAUUACGUUUUUUUGUUUUCCUUUGUGUUAAAGACAAGCACACAUACAUGCUUUUUAAACACACACACACACACACACACACACACACACACACACAACACAACACAAUCAGUUCACUCUUUAGCUUGAAUGGCAAAGAAGCACAGCAGGAUCCCUCAAAAGUUUACAGACUUCUAACAUUUUUUAAGUUCAGGAAAAACAUCACCUAACCCUCCCCCACCCCCCCACACCGACAUGUAACAUGAUUAUAUCUCACAUCAGAAAAGUGGAGGAGGUUUCAAAGAACGUUCGGAGGCGACGCAUCACUUUCAGGCCAACAGGAAGGGAAAAAGAAGAAAGAUGUUGUUGCUAAGAGACUGUUGCCAAUGGUGUGGGCUAAAGGGGGCGGGGCCUUUGCGGACUUAACCUUCGUCUCAGUUUGAAAUGGAGUCGGACGCAUCGUCUCGGACCGUGGAGGACCCUCGCAAAAAGGCGAAAAAAUUUUAAGGAAGCACUCAUCUUUUUAGAGAUUGGAUAGGGGGCGAUUUAAUGAUCGAUUAAUGUAUUAUUAUUAUUUUUUUUUAAUAAAUCACGUAAUUCAAUUGUAGCAGCCAACACGGGUGUACAGUAAAAUAUUUGAGCGGAGCGUAGAGGUCGAUAUGGUAUUUUGCCAGGCGAAAUGUAUUUUCCUAUUUAUUGUGAAGUCCUCGUGCUUUUUUUUUUUUUUCCCUGUUCCGGUUUAGUCUGUAAGUGCAGUAGAAAAGGCAAUAAAAGAAAAAAACAACCACACUUACCCAUUCAGUUAGUUCAGGUUACACGCCCUUUAUUUGAUACAAUCAUAUAAAAACACUGAGUACGUUAUGUUGCGUUUAUGUGUCUGCUUGGAUUGAUGGCUGAUGAUGUUUUUCUUUUUUUUUUUUAAAAUUGUUUUUAACGAUGUCCAUGAUGAAAAAAAAAAAGUCUGAUGUGCUAUCAGGGUGUAGAAGUCGUAGAAUGUUUUGUGUUUCGAAUAUGUCAUUAAAAAUGUCACAAAUGUAGUUUUACUAUUACACUAUUGCUUUUGUGAAUCACUGUCAUAACACAGCUGUUGUAUAUAGACGCAAGAUUUCCUACAGAGUUCAGGGAUGUGUCCAUGCCUAAAGUGAGGUUUGAAAAGAAAGAGAAAAAAA